CUUUGCAUGUGUCCCGCCUGGAGUCAUCACACACAGGAAACUAAGAUUGUGAGCGCUCCCUCAAACAUGAAGCCUAUUGCUGAGGGCAUGUCACAUGUCAUACCCAAUCACGUUCUGAGAGUGGGUCAGACUAUAUGUCUGACCCCGGAACAGGAGACCCUCACUCAGUGUUCCAGUCCAAGCAAGCCCAGCAGUCACCGCAGCGGCCUGGACCUUGACAUUUCCCUGGAUAAUCUCAACCAGCUCAUGAUAGAACUGGAUCCAACAUUCGAACCCAUCCAGGUCAACAAAAACCAUCCAUGCAUCAGCCCUGCUACAGAUGGAUGCUGCCCCUCGCCCACGGUGUCCCCCAGUAUCCCCAUUCCCAGACCAGCUAGUCUCAGCUUCAGUCCCCCGGGUACAGUCGUCUUUUCUGGAUCCCCUUCCUCUUCCAGGCCCCGGCUGCCAUGUGGGAGUGCACCCCGACAGAAUGCCCCAAUGAGGCCCGAUGUAUCAGGCUCUCAAGGAUCCUUCCGCUUAUCCUACCCCAAUCGAAACAGUGCUGCCUCACUGCUCUCCACAUCAACAUGCUCGGACACCAGCUACAUCCUUGGCAGCACAUUGUCUUUGGCCAGUGAAGACACCGGCUGUCUAGAGUCUACCCACUCUUCUCCAUCCGGAGCCUACGGUGACGGAUGCAAGAUGAGGCCCUAUGACACCCAGCACAGCUCAUAUCACCAACCCACCAACUGCUCACUCAGCAGUCCUGACCAAUCCCUGUCUGGAUCUUUCACUGACAUUCCCAUGUUGCUGAUCAAUGGCGUACCGCACCAGGACUUGCAGGUCAACACGUCUCCUGUAUCAGGAAGUGGCUCAGAGGAGAAGCCACUCACUCCCCACGGCUCGCAAGCCUCUUUGAAUGGCAAUCAGACGUCAAUGAAAUUUGUUAUGGACUCAUCCAAAUUUUGGUUCUGUCCACAUAUCAGCAGAGCAGAAGCUGAGGCCCUGGUAAUGGACGAAGAACCAGGAACAUUUGUGGUGAGAGACAGCACCACCUACAGGGGAAGUUUUGGUCUGGCCAUGAAGGUGGAUCUAACGGCAACAGGAGGAGCGAGAAGCUCCCAGGUUGUCAAGCACUUUCUUAUUGAAUCAUCAGCAAAAGGUGUUCGCCUCAAAGGAUCCUCUGAGGAGCCAUACUUCGGAAGCCUUUCCGCCCUUGUGUACCAGCACACUAUUUCACCUUUCGCUUUACCCUGCAAAUUACUCCUCCACUCCCAAGAGUUGGGUGGAGUAGAAGAAAAAAGCAAAGACAUCCUGGCCUCGGACAACAAGCAGGGAUCAGCUUCCAACUUCAUCUACCUGAAUGCCGUCCCCACUGAGCGGCUGACAGGACCUUGUGCCGUCGACCGGGCGGUUUCCUGCACACUCCAACUGCUUUCCGGUUCCUUCGAACCCACCAUCGUCAACCUGAAAGUGUCCCUGAAGGGUAUCACACUGACAGACGUCAACAGGAAGCAUUUUUUCCGCCGUCAUUACCCUGCUCACCUGCUUAGCUAUAGUGGAGAUGAUCCAGAAGAUCGAAGGUGGAGGAAAGGUUCAAGCUUUGGCGCAAAGAUGUUUGGCUUUGUGGCGAAAGGCGUGGAAACCGGCAUGGAGAACAUGUGCCACGUCUUUGCGGAAUAUGACCCCCUGCAGCCGUGCAGCACAGCUGUCAAGGUUAUUCAGGCUGUCAUAGCAACGUCAGCGGCGCACUGAGCCGCACUCAAACGCCACGCCACGCCACGCCACACUUCGGCAGGACUCUUGUUUUCUCACAGCAACAUGAGUCAUCAUUUUACAGUGUUGACACUGGCUUGUGUGGAACAGAAUAGCUCGGGUGUGGUUGCCGUGGCAACCCUGCUUUGAGACGACUGACCCAUCACAGCAAAGCUCGUGUUGUUAGUGCUGGGGACGUCAACAUCGAACACGCUCACGUCAUCAGAUGUCCUGUUUAAAUCCAUUGGCUUCACACGUUGGUGUGUACUGACACGUUACGACUGUAGGCGGCGCUCUGGGGCGAUGGAAAUCAUCAUGUGCAUUUAGUUAGUCAGUGCCUGACGCAGCAGCUACAAUCUCAACAUAAUUCGAGUCCUAAUGAAACAAGGCUGCUGCAUUUCUCAGUCCACACGGGUGUCAUAUCCUUAGAGUUGCACAUCACUUACAGACAGACAGAGCCUAUUUGAAUGUAUUCAUAUCAAUUAUAUAUAUAUCCAUUUUUGUGUGACUGACCUAAAUCAGUGAAUUAUUGAUGAUAUACAUAUCACCAAGAAAACAAGCACAUUUUGCUGUCUUAAAGUGGUAAGCAUUUAUUUAGAUAGCCGUGGAGUCGGUGUGGUGCUGCUAGUAACUUCUCAUAGUCUUUACGCGUCCAUGCACUGAACUGACUCACCACUAGAGGGCAGGCGAUGCUGACGUUGUAUUCAUGGCAUGCAGCGACGCCCCUGACUGCUUGUCUGGAUGUUUGGAGGUUUGAUUUGUGUGCUCCCCAGUUUGAGAAGAUUUUGACCAAUUUGCAGUAUGACCUUUUAUGGCCUUUCUGUGUUUUUGGUUUUGGAUCAUUUCUGUGGUUGGAUGUUGCUGCACACUGUGUGUAAAUAUACACGCGACUCCAUUUUCAUUAAGACUUAAAAUACAAGGGAGAAUUAGGGCCACGUUGAAAAACAAAUAGAGAUUUCGGGGAAAAGUCUUAAAUGUACAAGAAUAAAGUCGUAAAUUGAUGAGGAAAAUGCUGUUAAUUACGAGAAUAAAGUUGUACAUUUACACAAACAAAAGUUGUACAUUUACGAGAAUAAAAACGGGUCGCAGUAGAUUUGUGUGUAAAGAUACACAGGACUCGUUGCCAAUGAGAAUUGUUUUUUGUUUAUUAAGAUUUAAAAAUACGAUGGAAUAUUAGGGCCACAUUGAAAAAAAAUCACAGACUUGGAGACUAAAGUCAUAAAUGUACAAGACUAAAGUCAUAAAUUUAUGAGAAAAAACGUUGUACAUUUACGAGAAUAAAGUUGUAAAUUUGCGAGGAAAAAAGUCGUACAUUUACAAGAAUAAAGUUGUACAUUUAAGGAGAAUAAAAUCAUAAAUUUACAAGAAAAAAUGUAGUACAUUUACAAGAAUAAAGUUGUAAAUUUAAGAAGAAUAAAAUCAUAAAUUUACAAGAAAAAAUGUAGUACAUUUACGAGAAUAAAGUUGUAAAUUUAAGGAGAAUAAAGUCAUAAAUUCACGAGAAUUUUUUUUACAUUUGCAAGAAUAAAGUUGUAAAUUCAUGGAGAAUAAAGUUGUAAAUUUCUAAGAAUAAAGUCAUAAAUUUACAACAAAAAAGUAAUACACUCAUGAGAAUAAAGUAAUACAUAUAUAAAAAUAAAGUCAUAAAUUCACGAGAAAAAGUUGGACAUUUACAAGAAUAAAGUUGUAAAUUUAAGGAGAGUAAAAUCAUAAAUUUACAAGAUUUUUUUUUUACAUUUACAAGAAUAAAGUUGUAAAAUUAAGGAAAAUAAAGUUGUAAAUUUAUAAGAAUAAGGUCAUAAAUUUACAACAAAAAAGUAAUACAUUUACGAGGAAAAAAAGUCCAACAUUUACAAGAAUAAAGUUGUAAAUUUAAGGAGAAUAAAGUCAUAAAUUUAUGAGAAAAAAGUGGUAUAUUUACGAGAAAAAAAGUUGUAUAUUUUGGAGAAUAAAGUCGUACAUUUCUGAUUUUUUUUUUUUAAACUAGCCAACAUGGAUUUGUGUGUAAAGAUACACAGGACUGGUUCCAGAUUUUUUUUUUCAAAUUAAGAUUAAAAGAUGUGAGAAUAUUGUUAUAUUUUGGGAUGUUCGACAGUUAUGGGUACCGAUAAUUAUCAUCCCGAUAUCAGCAUGAAAAUGUGAUAUUUUUCAUCAAAACCAAUGUUAAAAAACAAAUGUGUUCAUUCCACCACGGGGGAUAUGUCAUGUUUCACAUAUUGGUAUCGGAAAUUGAGAGUCGGACAAUAUCGACAUAUCCGUUUUCGGGGGAAAAAAAGCCAAUAUUGGACAUGCCUAAUUACGUAUUAUAUUAAAUCUGAGAUUGAAUACACGAAUACAGAAUAACUUACAAGAAUAAGGUCACAAUGUAGGAAAAUAAAGUCGUAAACGUACAACUUUAUUCUCUAAAUCUCAGAUUAUUUUAAUGCUUUCUUAUUGACUUUGUUUGACAAAGCUAAUUAGUGUAAGAUAAUCAUGUGAUUACUACUUCAUCCAUUUUCCUUUUACAAUAUGCCUCGGGCCAAUAAAAAUGAGCAGCAGGCCGCACUUUGGACACCCUGGCCCUCGGUGCACGGUCCAGAUCCAGAUAUUUAUUGUACUAUAAAAAUCUUGUUGCCAUGUCUUUUGUCACGAUGAAGAAUAAACACGUUGAGCUUGUCAGCUUGUGGAAAUACUUCAUUCUCAGAUGUACUCAGAGUUUUACAAAGUAGUACACUGAAUGUACUGUAGUUUCUGACAGAGGCUUGUUGUAAUGAUGGCGUUUCGGGUUGAGAUUUGGGUUGGACUGAAAACAACCAACGUGUCAGCACAAGCUCUUCAAUUGAAAUUUGUUGGUCAAAACUACAAACCAUGUGGAUAUUACUGAAGAGUGAACGCAGAGCGGACUCAAACUGCAUAGAUAAUAUAUCAACAAAUAUUCCACGUACAAUGAUGACUACACAGUAUUUCUAGUUAUUAUAUAUUUAUAUUUGGUGUCAAGAGCAGGAGCAACCAAAAAGCAGAAAUGAUGUGUGCUGCUGUAUCAUCGACUAUUUACAAAUGUUGUCAUCGUGUGGUUACAACAGGUACUGUAUGUCAAAAAAUACAAUUUAUCCAAUCAUUUUACACCACUUUUCCUGUUUACCACCUAUCCUGGGGCGCUUGAGCCUACUCCAGAAGAGUUCAGGCCAAAGGCAGUCUGGACUGGUCGCCAUCACGGGACGCAAAAAGAGACAAUGUUCAAAUGUGGGGGUUGAACCCGUAGUACCUGCACAGAAGUACGGCCAAUCAAACAUCGGGUUUUUAAUUUUGGUAAAAGGCCAA